GAGUGCACUCUUAAGGGCUAAGAACGCACGGGCGAAGCCGAGUGAAGCGUCAACCUCGCCUGCUGGGAGCGUACCGGCAAAGCCUACGGAAUCGCCACCACGAACCAUCAAUUUGAUCAGGCCCACACGGAAGGAAGGUUUGGAAGCAGCGAAGCCGAAAGAGAUGCCGAAAGAGAUGCCGUCGCCAGGAUCUGAAAUAGCCACAGCCGAAUCCGAAGCACCUUCAGCAUCGUUAACUACAGCCGAGGUUGAAAAAGAGAAACCGUCUUCAACCAGAACUCCCGCCGCUAAUGAAGAGAAACCACCGUCCUCCGCGAUCACCAACCACUCGACCAAGCGUGAAAGGUUGUCGUCAACAAGAGCCAAGACCGUUUUCGCGGUACUGGACAAACCAGAGCCCACUACAAACGCUGCUCCGGACGCACACCGUGGACCUCAGGCAUCCGCGGUCACUACAACGGGGACGACACCAAGCGAAAUACCGGGACCAUCAACCGAUACCCCCGUUACACAAUCAAAAGGACUGGCCCUGCCCACGGCAGAGACAAUCACGUCCAAAUCGAAAGAGCCACUGACUUCGUAUUCCACUGCGCGAACUCUUACGAUGGACGUCGAGCGAUCGUCUGGCCUCACGGAGUCCCCGGUACAGAGCCUGUUCAUCUUCGGCCACGGCGGCUUCCAGCGCGUGGUGCUCGUCUUCGCUUGCGUGGCCGUGUUCGUGUCCUAUUCGCAGAGCUUCCUGCUGGUUGUGGAGUCGCACCCCGUGAAGUACUGGUGCGAAACGAACCCGCGACCCGCCUCCGGUUCGGCUGAAUCUCCCGUCAGUUCGAGGCACGCCAGCGUGCCGCCGUACGCCAACGACAGCUACGGCGAGUGCACACAUUUCGACCCUGCCCCGAUGAACGGCACAGACAACUCGACGAAGGUGCCAUGCGACCACUGGGAGUACGACAAAAGCCAGUCAAGGUCGACCAUUGUCGCCGAGUGGGACCUUGUAUGCCAGCGGAGUCGGUUGAAACAUCUCAUCUGGGCCACGUUCAUGACGGGAGGCGCCGUGGCCGUUCCCACGAUGGGCCUCACAGCGGACGUCGUGGGAAGGCGACCAGUGUUGAUAGCCGCCGCGCUCCUGCUUCUGCUGUCCGGAUCGGGAGUCUGCCUCUGUGAAUCGCUGCUAUGGUUUACGGUGCUGCGGUUCCUGUCAGGCGCAUCGACCGGAGCACUAGACGUCAUUUCCACGGUGCUGCUGUUCGAGUCCACACCGGCAGGUCCCAGAGGAGCUUUCGUGGCUGCCUCCGUGAGUCUGGCCACGUGCCUCUCUCCCGUGUUCGUCGCAACAGUGAGCGCUGUGUUCCCGACAUGGCGGAUGCUGCACGCUGUGCUACUUGUACCGGCACUCUUGCUAGCGUGCCUGGUCUUCACGAUCGAGGAGUCACCCCAUUGGUGUCUCUACAACAACAAGUUCGACGAUGCCGAGCGCGUCGCCUUGUGGGCCGCUCGGCUGAAUCUCGAGGAUCCGGAUCUUGUCCGCGACCGACUCGAGCGGAUACGCAAGGAGGCGGAGUUCCUCGGUGAGCAGGCUGUGUUGCGGUAUCCGAGGCUUCUGCGGUACAUCGCGUCGGCGCCAGUGCGGUCCCGGUGCUUCGCCCUGUUCGGGUGCUGGUUCUUCGUGUACAUCGCCUACUACGCGAGGGACUACUGGAAGCUCGGACCGUGGAUCCAGGCAGCCCAGUGGUUCGUGGUGACCGGCAAUUUCCCGGCCAUGGCUUUCGCCUACGCAUUGACGCGGCGGCACGGCGGCCAGCGCUGCGCUGUACCUGUGCUGGCCGCGUGCUCCCUGAUGUCGGCGUUGCAGUCGGUCCUUGUGGCCCUGGGCGGCCGGUCGUCCCUGCUUCUCGCCUACUGUAGCUCCGUGAUCAUUCUCAACGUCGCCUACGUUGCCCUGGUGGUGCACACCGUCGACGCGUUCCCUACACCGGUGCGAAGCCUGGGCUACUCCGGUGCAUUCAUGUCCGGCCGCGUUGGAGCCAUGAUGGGCACGAUGUUCCGCGACUUCGAAUCCAUGCCCCUGCCCGCCAAUGUGCUGCCGACGGCGGUGACGUCGCUGGGUCUUCUGGCCUUUGCGGCGUCAGCGAUGCUAGUGCCACACACUCCGAAAGAUUUAUUCGCGGGAGACGCCUCACCGUUUGUUCGGGACCAGCCGGUAGACCCGAUGCUGUCUAUCGAUAGCCCGAUGUCGUGGAGGGUGCACAGGAGGGUGUCCCCACAGCAUUCGCCGACUAACGAGCGUGAAUGAAUGUUCCUAAUCGGCUCGCCAUGGACAC